AAAGUAACAUUCAUAUAAGAACCAGUACAUGAUCUAGUAGUUUUAGUCUCAGUCGUAUUUGCAGUAUUUUCAUAGAUAGCAUGAGCAGCCCCUCCCUUCCUGUCUGAGUAUAAAUACGAGUGUUUGAAGGAGGAGCUGCAGCUCUUCAGGUGCGUCUCUUUAGCUCAGCACACACCUGUCACACAGCAACAUGCUGCCAGCAAAUCUAUUGAUCAUGUCCAUGGCCGUCUUUUUGACAACAGCAGUUUCUACCGCUCCCUUGGAGGAGAAGGAGCUGGAGGAGGUGGAGGUUGAGGCCACAGAGGAGGGGGAGGUGUCCGAGGAGGAGGAGGAUGAUGAUGACUCCAAGAGUCAAGAUAAGAUUGAGGGAGCAUUUGGUGGGCAGCGGACCACCACGGCAACGGUGGUGGCAGUGGGGGCUGCUGGGGGUUCAGGUGUAUCCUCUGACAUUCAGGAUCUAAGUGCUUCCAGUGGUCAAACAGCAGGGGGAAGAACACAUGAAGGAACAGCCGGAAGCUCAGCAGGUUCUGCAGCAGCUGAGAUCUCUGAUGUCUCCACAGCUUUGAUCCAUUCUGCAGGAGACAAGCAUUCCUCUGCUUUAUCUCACACAGAAACAAAUGGUUCUGCAGGAGCUGGCUCAGAGACCAACAGUAAUGGACAGAAGCUCCUGAAUGGAGGAGGAGGGGGUGGAGUUGGCAGUCAGACAGAUGCUGUGGGAUUCGUUCAGGGUGACGUUUCUCACCUGGGUUAUACAGGAUCCAUAGAGCCAUCUAGCCAUGACUUCCUGCUUGGCAUGAUGGGUAAGUUCAGCUGCUCUCAUUUUACAAACCAAUAA